AUGGGGUGGAAACCUGGAGGUGGGGGUGGGGUGGAGAUGAGGCCAGGGAACCGUGCCAGGUCAGUCAAGACCCCCAGCAGAUACGAGGGCAGAAUGAAGCCAGACACAAGAGAUGGGAGCAGUGACAGGUGAAAUAGGAUCCGAAAUGGAGCAGCUAGGGUCAUGUGGCGGUGCCCUGGGCACAGAAGGUUGGGACCCUACCUCACUGUGCCCUCUUCUUAUCUACACAGCCCUCUUGGCCACUGAUAUGAGCCCCUACAGGCUUAACCUGAGCCUAGCGGAUGAGGCAGCAACGUGCGCAACACCCAGGCUCCCCAAUACAUCUGUGGUGCUGCCAACAGGCGAUAAUGGCACAUCACCAGCACUGCCUAUCUUCUCCAUGACGCUGGGUGCUGUGUCCAACGUGCUGGCGCUGGCGCUGCUGGCCCAGGUUGCAGGCCGAAUGCGGCGGCGCCGCUCGGCUGCCACCUUCCUGUUGUUCGUCGCCAGCCUGCUUGCCAUCGACCUAGCAGGCCAUGUGAUCCCGGGCGCCCUGGUGCUUCGCCUGUAUACUGCGGGGCGUGCGCCUGCCGGCGGAGCGUGUCAUUUCCUUGGUGGCUGCAUGGUCUUCUUCGGCCUGUGCCCACUUUUGCUUGGCUGUGGCAUGGCCGUAGAGCGCUGUGUGGGUGUCACGCAGCCACUGAUCCACGCGGCGCGCGUGUCUGUGGCCCGCGCACGCCUGGCACUAGUCGUGUUGGCUGCCAUGGCUUUGGCAGUGGCGCUGCUGCCACUGGUACACGUGGGUCGCUACGAGCUACAGUACCCUGGCACCUGGUGUUUCAUUAGCCUUGGGCCUCGUGGAGGUUGGCGCCAGGCGUUGCUUGCCGGCCUCUUCGCCGGCCUUGGCCUGGCUGCGCUCCUUGCGGCAUUAGUGUGCAAUACGCUCAGCGGCCUGGCACUCCUCCGUGCCCGCUGGAGGCGGCGUCGCUCUCGACGGUUCCGAGAGACCGCAGGUCCCGAUGAUCGCCGGCGCUGGGGGUCUCGUGGACCCCGCUUGGCCUCCGCCUCGUCUGCCUCAUCCAUCACUUCAGCCACAGCCACCCUCCGCAGUUCUCGGGGCGGCGGCUCCGCGCGCAGGGUUCACGCACACGACGUGGAAAUGGUGGGCCAGCUCGUGGGCAUCAUGGUGGUGUCGUGCAUCUGCUGGAGCCCCCUGCUGGUGUUGGUGGUGUUGGCCAUCGGGGGCUGGAACUCUAACUCCCUGCAGCGGCCACUCUUUCUGGCUGUACGCCUCGCAUCGUGGAACCAGAUCCUGGACCCAUGGGUGUACAUCCUGCUGCGCCAGGCCAUGCUGCGCCAACUGCUUCGCCUCCUACCCCUGAGGGUCAGUGCCAAGGGUGGUCCAACGGAGCUGGGCCUAACCAAGAGUGCCUGGGAGGCCAGUUCACUGCGUAGUUCCCGGCACAGUGGUUUCAGUCACUUCUGAAUGUGUCCAGAAGCUAAGUCAAACCAUUCUGGGCUGGGCUCAAGGGCAUAGAGUCUCAAACUCAGUGUGCCUAGGGCGCUGCGUCCUGUGGGUCCACGACACUGUCACCGCACAGGGGUGAAAGAGGCUCCACUGGGGAUGAGUACAGUUCUAACGUUGGUCACGCGAUGGCACAGAUACAUGGGAUGCUCCAAACACCAGAGGUGGGACUCCCCCCGGCCAGCAGCUUGAAGAGCAUGCACACAGCGCUGCAACCUUAGUUCUAAGAUUGGGGCGCUCCGUAAAUAGAGCAAAGUUUUGGAUUCACCUCCCAUCUCUGUAGCCACCACAAUAGACUCUUGCAAGCAUCUAUCCCAAACUAUCCCAAGAACCUCAACACCUUGUACCCACACAGCCUUAAAACCCCAGUGCUCCCAACACACCCCUAAGCCCACUACUGCAUGUUCCCAUCUUGACCUUUCAAAUGAGCCCUGUCAGUCCUGUCCCCUAG